UGCAUCUAUUAAAUCCCCUCUACUAGUCUAUUUCCAUUUUCCCACUACUUCUACUUAAUAUUUCCUCCCACUCUAUAUCUCAUUCUCAGACCAAAUUCAAACAUGAAAUUUAUAAUCGCUUUCCUUUUAGCUUUCUUGCUCAUCUCUGUUACUCUCUCCUUUGCAGCCCGACCCGAACCCACUGGAUCAUCCAAACCAAAUUCCAACAAUGACAAGAAAGUUAGUGGAAAUGAUGGUGGAUUCUUUGGACCCGGAGGCGGCUUCAACAUACCCGGGUUUGGAAAUGGAUGGGGAAAUGGAGUUGGUGGCGGGUAUGGAGCUGGUUAUGGGGGUCCGAGUGGAGGGUAUUCUAAAGGUGGCAUCAUAAGGUCUUCUGUGGUGUGCAAAGAAAAGGGCCCAUGUUAUAAGAAGAAACUGACAUGUCCGGCUAAGUGUUUCAGCUCUUACCACCGAUCCGGCAAGGGAUACGGCGGCGGCGGAGGUGGCGGUGGGUGCACCAUUGAUUGCAAGAAGAAAUGCACUUCCUACUGUUGAAAUGAGCUAGCCAGUACUAUCUAGCUCGUAAUGGUUCUUGAGAAAGAAAAUAAAAAUAGCAUGUGAUGUCACUGUAGUUUUGUUGCUUCAUUAGCUAUAUGUGAACUAUAUUGAGCAGCAGCUAUGUAGAGGGUUUUUAGUACUGAUAUAUCUAUGUAAUUUCCAAUCCUAUUACAUUAGUAGCUUACGUUAUGUGCCGGAAAGCUUUGAUUAAAAUCGCAAGUGCCUUGUAGUUAAGUUAGAGAGAAAUGUUGGUUUGCCAGAUUUGUCUUUCAACCUUAAGUUACAUGAAA